AUUGCACGAUAGUUUGUUAGCUUACCAUCCUUUCAUCCACCGAUUCGUGCGAAGAGUCUUAACUUAUUUUUAUGAACAAGAAAGUUUCACCCCCGCAGCUCGAUUGAAACUUCUCAGCCUCGUAACCUUGCGCACCCGCGCCGCGCUAGAAGAAUUCUUAAGAGGGUCACCGGAUGGUAAUGAGGUUGUCGGGGCUAUGAAAGAUCGCUUCACCCUCAAGUAUGUGCAAGUCCAGUUCUGUGCGCUCUCCAUAGCGCUUGAGGCCGAGUCGGAAGGCGAUCACCGCUUUGUCGAAUACCGGAGCUUCCAAGAACAGCUGCUUUCCGAGUUUGUCAUGGAACUGCUGGUUCUACCUUAUAGUGCCGCUGAGCUUUCUCGCCUUCUGCUGAACUGCGUGCUCUACCCUUCCUUAGCACAGCCACAUGAGGGAAGCAUGGCAGGCAGGAUCAACGCGUUAACGCAUAUCUACCGCUUAACGCCAGAGGGUUUCAGAACUGAACUGUUUGUAACGAUGGCGCAGUUAUUGGGGGCCAACUUCGAUGCACCGCUACAGGACUACGCCUUUUCCAAGACGCUGGGUUUUGACAUGAGCGCCUCGCAUAUAACUCUUGUGGUGGCACAGAGUCUUCUAGCGCACGCUCAAGUUACUUGGCAGACCGACAUCCCCCGCUUUUUGGAAUUUCUACAACGUUGCAAGUCGCCGAAAGAAGACAGGAGCCUCAUCACCACCUUUGAGCAAGUCUUGUAUAUAUGCCACAUGGUUGGGCCUUUCCUUGAAAGCAUGGACGACUUCGCCUUAAAGAACGAAGCCAAGGAACGACCGAUCCUGGAACAAGUUUUCUUGGCCCUCCUUGAAUUAAUCCUUCAAGUGUCCAUAAACUAUGCAGAAGAUAGCAAUUUGAUCCCGGCUGAGGACGCCGUCGUCGAUUUCUUGUAUUAUGUGAGUGACCGAUAUGCAUUACGCGGAGAUGUGUACAAACGGGCUGAGUCGCUAAUUCUUAAAAUGAGCGAACGACUAAAAAGAAGAUUCCAGUUCUUGGUCUCGCUGCCUUGAGUUCCUUGCAACCUCAAGCAAUUAUGUAUAAGAAAAAAUUUCCUUUUUCAGAUUUAACAAAUUUAUUGAUAUCAACA